AUGAUAAUCUCUGUUCAGGAUGAUGCCAAUCAUCAUCAACAAUUAAAAGCGAUAAAGAAUGCAUUUCCUAUUAAUUCUUUUUAUAUUGAAUUACAGCCUUUAGCUAUAGAUACAGCUUUACAAAUUGUUGAUGAUUGGCUAUACGUUAAAUCCAGGACGUUAACAUCUCAACAGCGACAACUAAUUUCCAGUGCUAUUCUACGAUGUAGCUUGCCUUUAUUUAUUAAAUUAAUUUUUAAUCAAGCCAUCCAGUGGCAUUCUUAUGACUCCAUUUCUCAAGCUGAUUUGCCCUUUGAUACUGCAUCAGCGAUUCAUAAAUUAUUUGAUCGUCUCGAAAUGAUACAUGGUAAAGCGUUAUUUUCUCGUACAGCUAUUUACAUUACCUCAACACGAUAUGGCUUAACUGAAAAUGAAAUACAAGACCUAUUAUCGUGUGAUCACCAAGUUAUGGAGGAGAUCCAUCGAUAUCAGCCUGAUCAAGCUAUUAUAGCUGUUCCAGCAUUGCUUUGGCUACGUUUAAAACAUGAUUUAAAUGACUAUGUUCUUGAACAUGAAAUUAACGGUUUAACAGUAAUGCGUUGGUACCAUCAACAAUUUAUUGAAGUUGUUAGGCAGCGUUAUCUAAGUAAUGACCAAAUACAGGAAGAAAUCCACAGUCAAUGUGCUAAUUACUAUAUUGGU